UGUGGCGGAACAGUUCCACCUGGGCUCCCUCAUGCGGAGCAAUGAGUCUCAGCCAAUGGUCCCCUUUUCCAGCAAGUCCUCCACCGCUCUGUCAAUGUGGGUAUUAAAGCUCAAAGACAAUCCUUCCCCGAUAUCUCAAAUCAUGAGUCGGAACUUCGUGUAGGGGGAAUGAAUGAAUCUUUAUUGAACACAGCUCAGUAUAUACAGCACAUAAGACUGUCUGGGAUUACUGCCCCCUUCACCCCCACCCCCACCAGACAGUCUGGCACCUGGUUUUCCCCACCCACAACAAAACUCUACAGCAAUCAGCACAGUAUGAAUUCUAGAGAAGUGAAAGACUACAAGUCCCCAUUA